AUGGAUGAGGACGAUGUUCAACAGUUCUCGUUGCGGUGGCACAACCAUCAGAACAGCGUGAUUGGAGCUUUAGGACGGAUGUUCAGCACAGGAACCCUCACGGACGUGACUCUCAGCGCCAGCGGCACUACAGUGAAGGCACAUAGGCUGGUCCUAGCAUCGUGUAGCCAGUACUUCGCUCAACUGUUCAAGGAAGUAGAAGCUGAAAACAACACACUGGUGGUGGUCCUGGGCUGUGAUGCUGCAGAACUUAAACUUCUCCUCACAUUCAUGUACACUGGAGAAGUGACGGCUUCUAAGAAAGUCCUGCCCUCAUUGCUGAGACUUGCACAGACUCUCAAAGUGUCUGGACUUACAGACGCGGAUACGAACUCUACUCUAACUCCCACUGAAUCAGAACUUCCUCAAGACGAAUUAAACUCCCCCGUUAAUCUGGAAAUAAAGAAUGACAUCCAGCAACCUCAACUAAUAAAUGAAAACUCGAAUUCUGACUCUAAAUUGAUCUGCGACGAUUAUCUGUCACCGACAAACGAGAAGGAAGUGAACUUUGUUAACGAUUAUAUGAUGAGAAGCGAGAAAGACAGACUGAGCAAGUUGGAUCAGAUCGUCCAGAAUUUAUACAGUACCCACAAAAUCGGAACUCCGGUCGCAACUAUGGCGGCUGGUGAAUCACCGGAGCAGUACGAUAGAAAAUGGCGUAUAAACAGCUCUGUAUGUACAAUAUGCAACAAGCGUUUGAGCAACCAGUACAAUUUGAGGGUUCAUAUGGAGACACAUGCAGGGCGAAGGCACGCUUGCCGUGCCUGUUCGCACGUAUCAAGAUCAAGAGAUGCUCUAAGAAAACAUGUGGCUUACAGACACGCGCCACAGCAGCAUAGACAAGGGAGAGGCGAUAUGUGA